AUGAAGUCAUGCGAAAAGGGAGAUGCCACAAGCAUAGAACGAGUUGAUUCCCUCAUAGCUGGAACUGAACCUUUCCUAGAGAGGUAUAAGCAGAAAUGCGCCCGAUUGGCCUGUGAACGCGAGGAAAAAGAGCUUGAAGAUGCAAGGAAGAAGCAGAACAAACGUCGGUUCAGCGCCAAACGAGUUCUAGAAUCGGUGCUGGCACGUCCUUACCCAACUGUUUCCGGUAUCCGUCGUGUACCCCGGUUCGCCUGUGCGCGUGGAAUUCCAUUCCUCCGAAUCAAGAAACCCCAACCAAAGAAUCUAAGCGUUGCUAUACAGAUCCGACAGGAUGCUCGAUGGAAGAAUAUUUUGCGCAGGCAAGAGCUGGGUGUCGAUUCGCUAUUUGCAAAGGAUGAAGAUUUGUGGGAUCAAAUCACUUCGAGAACGGAGACUGAUUCUUGGGAUAAAGCCAUCCAGCAGAAUAUCAACCGCGUGGUGGAGACGAUUAAGAAUGGAGACGAAAGGGACCUCGAACUGGCAAGGAAGAUGUGGAAUGUUGUCGUGGCCGAGAGACGAUUGGCCGAGAAAGAGGCCCGUCAAAGGGAGAAAAUGGGCCAGGCUGACGAGACAAAGACCGGCUCUUCAGAAUCUACGAGGCGACCUUGA